AUGUUUGAUAUGCUCGCCUCCCGAGUCUCACCAACCUUGCACUCCAGACAGUGGCCCACGGCCACCUCAAACAUUGGCCAUGACACACAUUGCAAGUUGCCUACGGCCCGACGUCGACCACGCCUCCGUUUAUAUAACCCAGGAAACAGGCUCGACAUCAACCGUAAGUCGAUUCGCCUGGUCACCCCAAUGAACCACCACACGCCCCGCCUCGCAUGCUCACUGCAAGACCUACAGACUGCCAGAGACCAGAACCUAUCCGCAGCACCCCUCGCAAAGAGUCCGUCCCUGGCCAGCCUCACCCAAACCACCGCUUCCCGUUAUCAACUCUGGCCGCCAUCCAAAAGUCCAGUGGGGCCUACCAAGCCGGGUAACGCUGCCGACAAGCUGGCUGCCUUGUCUGUUGCACGCUCUACUACUUCCCUGAGCGAUACCGCUGCGUUGCCCGAAAGUGUGCCCUUUUGGCAACGCGCCGGAUCCUUAUCACGGAGAAGAAAGGUCAGCGUUCCCGAACUCGGUAGCACCAUGACUACCGUUCAAGAGAUGCCCAUCGAUUCUCCCACGAUACCUGGCAGGCCUCCACUUCGCCACAUCUCUUACGAGACCCUGGGCCACGAAAGAUCGUGCAGUGCUCCAGGAACAAACUGGAGGGCUGGUCCUUUUGGUGAUGCCCUGAUUUCUUGUGUUACAGGACCGUCGCCUAUCGAAGCUCAAGAGCACAACGUCUUUCUGACCUCAGAUGUGUACACUGCUCCUGGAAGACCACUAUCCCCGAUCCUUAGUCCAGGGGCCACUCCAAGGCCUGUCCUCAAACUCGAAACCAACACAACAGCAAGCUCCGAGAAGCCACCAGCGGUUCCUCCAAAGUCUCCUGUUGUCGAUCGCAAACCCUCACCGACACCUCUUGUCCUCGCAACCAAGCCAAGCAGACCCCAACUCACGACAUCAACGUCCAUCACAUCGAUGUCGGGAAGGAUCACGCCUUCAAGUUCUGUAGAUCUCAAACGAUCUCCUAAUAGCAUCAUCCCUCUACCUACCCCUCCAUCCGCCUUCUCGAAUCCCUUUUCCGCUUCUUCGCCGGCAUCAAAUCGUGGUUCUCCACGAGUUGAGCGCCGUGAUCCACUUGCCGCGCAAUCAUCAACCCACAAUCGCAACAUGUCUGAGCCAUCUAUCAUGGAGCGCGGCCGGCCAAAGAGAAGGACCAGUAAAAGAGAGCGAAGUCGAACGCUGUCAGAGGCGAACAACGCAGAGACUACUGUAGCAGAUCCGUGGAAGCUACCAAAUGGCAUGCGCGUGCCCGAGGCAUCGAGACGCAUGAGUGAUGCUGACCAAAAGCUUCUCCACAAACAAGCAUACGACCAGGCUGGCAACUUUGAGGUGCUCAACAAGCGCGAUGUCGCCUCAUUGUCAAGGGAACUCCGUGCUCUCGAUGAGCGAUGCGACUACCUUCGUAAGACAUAUAAAUCUCUGCGUUCGGGCCGACAAAAGCUGCAUGGACGUAUGAUUUCCUAUCUCAGACGCGGAGAGACAGUCAUCUUCUCCCGCGAGUCUCUAUUGAAACAAGAGGAGGCUCUUGCCGAGCUGGACAUCUCCAUUGAUGAGUUCAUCCUGAAAUUAGAGCAGGCUGAGAAUCGCCGCUUGCGCCUCCGACAAAAAUUACUCGAGCACGUUGCCGCCGCCAUCGUGCUCAAUCCUAGCGCACGCAGUGACUUGGCAGAGGCUACACCUCCACGUAGCCCCGUCAAGAUCGACAGCCCAGCUCGUGCUGAACGCAAGGAGACCGAAUCCAUCAAGAUCUACGCCGACGGCCACGUUCUGAACCUAUUUUCUGACAUUGAAAAGGCCAUUGGCAAAAUGUGCGAGCAAACUUGUUAG